AUGUCUCAGUCAACACGCCCUGUCCUUGGCUACCUCACGACAACGUGGGCGCCACCAGCCAGCUGCCUGUCCGUGAAUGUUUGGGGGACGAAGCCACCAUGGCCUACAGGAUAUGCAGGAGUGACAUGUGCUUCUUCCGACGCCUUUUAUGACGAGACUGACUGUUGGCCUCCAAGAACCGCGAAUGCGCCCAAUCCGACCGAGGAGGGCGCUUUUCUCACCUGUAUCUGGCUGGGAAUUACAAUUCACAAUGACUACAGGAGAAACGGCUGCCGGAUGUUGUCCAAGUGGUGGAUACACCUGCUAUUACUCGCAUCCGAACCCCGGAGGGAGCAACACGUACGGCCCAGCACAGACAUGUCGCCUUUUGGCGACCUCGACAGUGAUAGAGGUAGCUCCUUGCACUACCGACAAAGUAGCCUCUCAGCCAUUCUCGGCAGUAUUACCAUAUACAACACAUAUUACUACAGGAUCAGCAACUUCUACUUCUAUCGUCCAGACUUUGCUAGCCUUGGCUCCAUUGUAUGUGGCUCCAUAAAGAUACAAAUCAAUUGGCGGGCUGAGGACGUGUCUAUUGCCACUCCGACACCGACUCCAACAAGUGCUGACUCGGGAGGGAAUCUCUCAGGCGGCGCUAUUGCCGGGAUCGUCAUUGGCAGUAUUUUCGGGCUUGCUGGUUUUGCAAUUGGUCUCUUUUGGUUCAUCAGAAGAAACAGAUUGAAGCGUAAGGACGUAAGUGGCCAAAGCCGGGAGCCGGAUGAUGCGACAGCUCGACAGCUCUCGCAGCCGGUGAAGCCUCAGCAAGAGACUCAGCAGCCUUACGAGCUACCGAUGAGUGAUUCAGUCCAUGAGUUGCCAGGGCGUGAAGUUGUAGAUGGUAGAUUCCAUUCCGAACUACAGAGCUAG